GCCACAGCAGCAGCAGGGAGUGUAGUGUCUCCACGCCCAGUGCGUGUCCAGACCGUCCUCCCCAGCAUGCUUGACGCGGGAGUGGGGAUCAUGCAGAGCUGGUUCUGUGCCUGCUUUGACAGCUCCUGGGUGUUGUACACCUGCGUCCUUCUGGUCCUGGUCGUCUGGGUGGCCAUGGCGACGCAGCACAGCUUCUCCUGGAGAAGCAGGAUGGCUCUUCUGGUCCGCAGGCUCCGGCGGAGGGGGACGGAGGACGAGGGAGAAGGUGCAAAGAAGCAGCGGGUGAAGCAGCCGCGUGACCGGCUGUGGUGGGACCCCCCACGCCGCGCUCACCGAGCCGCCAGGCGCCGCUCCAUCCGCCAGCUGCUCUGUGACAACACAGACUGUGCCCUGUGCAACGAGGCGGCCCGGCAAGCCGAGCGGCUGGUAUACACUGAUAGGGUCAGCGCGUGGGUCCCUGCCGGGCCAGGGUCACCUCCUGCUCCCGCCUCCCGCUCCAAAGAGAGGGACCUGCUCGGUAGAGGCCUGGAUGUGCUGCGGUGGUGCCACUCUAGGACAUCUAUAGGCGACCAGGUCCUCCCACUGGCGCAGGGCCCCUUCCCACCCAGCAAGUCCCGCUCCCCUCCCGAGCGCCAGGCAGGCAGCCGGAAAACGGAGCGCCGCCCGCCGAGGGAGGAUGAGGAGAGGCUGUCCCGCCCACAGCAGGCCAAAGGCUCCUCCACAGAGCAGGACGAAUAUCUCUUCUGCUCCUCUCUCUGGGAUGAGACUCUCCUUCACGGGCAAGAGCAGGCCCAGAGCUCCUCUUCUCUCCAGGACGAGCCGCCCCUACUCGCUUGGGAGCUGAGAACUGGGUCGAGCCAGCACGAGCCAUUUCUUCCCAGGCAUGAGGAGUUCCCCGGCCCCGCUCCUGCCCAGCACGAGCCCUUCCCUCCAAGCCAAGCGGAACAUGGCUGGGUCGGGAGUUUCCUGCACAGAGGCAGAGCAAGGAGCCCCCAGGCCGCUCCCCAGAGGCAGGCGCAUCGCCCCAAUUGGGUGCCGUUUCUGGCCAAGUCCCCAGGCGGGACCAGGAUGUCAGGGCGGGAGGCCAAACGCCAGCGAGACCAAGAAAGCACGGCACCCAGGGCCACAGGGGAAGCUCCAACGUCUCUGGCUGGGAGACCCCCGGCGCGGGUCAGCCCUGGAGCCCUGCGUGUGUCCGGCAGGCUCGAAUUGGCCGAAGCAGAGACCCCUUUCCUCCAGCGCGACGUCAGGGAGAGUCUCGAGCGGCAUGUCCAGGUGAAGAGGCUGCAGCACACCCUGGGGCUGCCCUGCACCCUGCAGAGCGCGUUGAAGAUCUUCAUGCCCCCAGCACCGAAACCCAUCGCACGCAGACCCUCGGGGGUAGGCAGGGUGGUGACGAUGCCACAGGCCCUGCCCUUCCUGAGCGUUGGCUCCAGGACAGAGCUGGAGCGGCAUCUGCAGAGGAUGGUGCAUCUAAAGAGAUGGGGGCUGCCCAGGAGGAUCCAGGAGUCCCUGAGGCUGCUGAUGCCAGCCACACCUCCACACCCCCGGCUCGGCCCCCUGCCGUCUGGGAGAUGGGCUCCAAGGGGGCCAGGCCCAGUGACGAGGGCAGCCCAGACACCCGGCCUCACAGCUAGAGCCCCAGCCCAGGCCUCCCAGGGCCCCGCCAGAGCGUCCAAAUCCGCGCCCGGCUCGCACUGCUGCAGAGACACCCGGGAGCUGCAGGGGCACAUUGCCAGGAAGGGCUUGGAAAUCAGACUAGGCGCGCUGCCCGCCGUGCUGAGGAGCUCUCAGAAAAUGGCUGCCCUGGGGCACAGAGACCUGCUCCUGCCUAAACUGAUCCCCCCAGGCUGCAAGGCCCCCCUGGCCCGCCACCAGCUCUGCCCCCUGCUCAGCUGCAAGGCAGGCAGCGUGGAGCUCAAUGUGAGGCACAAGUACAUCCAGUACCUCUGGGCUCUCCCCACCCUGUACACGGAGUCCCUGGCCAAGAUGGUGCCCUGCCCGCCCGUGCCACCCGCCCCCCUGCUGCCCCUGGGUGUGGCCAUCGAGAUCUGCCCCCUGGAGACCCCCUUCGUGGCCUCCGAGGGCCGGGAGCUGCUGGAGAAGCAUGUCCUGAGGAAGCGGCUGCAGCACGAAUGGGGCCUGCCGGGCCUGGUGCGGCGAUCGCUGAGGUGUUUCAUGCCACCCCCGCCCACGCGGCCCAGGCCCAAGGGGAGCGACCGGCCGGCAGCCAUGGAGCUCCGUGUCAGCAGCGGGGCCCCUCCCAUCCCUCUGGCCACCAAGAGGGAGCUGGAAGCCCACAUCCGGCGGAGGGUGGCCGAGAGGAGGUGGGGGCUCCCCAGGAGGGUGCAGGAGUCCCUGCGGGGCUUCAUGCCCCCCACGACCGCAGCUCCGGGGACACAUCCAGACACGCAAGGCAGAAGGGCCAGCCGGCCGCUCAGGGGGCUGUCAGCGAGAAGGGCUCCAAGAGACUCACCCUCCAGGGCGCCACCCGUGGGCCCAACAGCGGUGGCUGUCUCCUUAGCCGGGCCCCUGGGAACUGCAUGGCACCAGCAGCUCAGUCGGGACACAUGCCACCAGCUGCUGGAGAGACAUGUGACCAGGAAAAACAUAGAGAUCCGUCUGGGCCUGAUCCCCCGCAUGGCCCAACACUCACAGGAAGCCGCCCGCCGGGUGGGAAAGCUCCCCUUGCCCCAGCUGAUUCGGCCAGGCCAGAGAUCCCUGGAGCUGCGGCCCCGGGAGCUGCUCUUCCUGGAGCAGGCGGCCUCGGAUCACCUGGAGCUCAACCUUCUCCACAAGCACCUGAGCUUCAGGUGGGGGCUGCCCACGCUGUACCGACAGUCCCUGGCCAAGCUGUUCCACGCAGGCCCCUCGCCCGCUCCGCCGCCCGCCAGCUCCCGCGCAGCUGGGACCAAGUUCACGGAGCAGGAGCUGCCCUUCCUCCCACCGGGAGCCCGGGAGGAGCUGGAGCUGCAUGUCAGGAAGAAGAGGCUGCAGCAUGAGUGGGGGCUGCCUGUGAUCAUCCAGAAAUCCAUGCGGGGCCUGAUGGCGGCAGCACCCCGCCCCGGCCAGCCCAAGGCCCCUCCGUCGGCCGACAGGGACGUGGCCAUUCUCCAGCCCGAGCUGUCCUUCCUCAGAGAGGGCAGCCGACGAGAGCUGGAGCUCAGCCUCCGCAAGAGACUCAUGCACCGGCGCUGGGGGCUGCCAAGGAGGAUCCAGGAGUCGGUGCGGCUGCUCCAGCCUGCCUCAGCCCCUGCGGAGUUCAGGCCUCGCAGCCGUACAGAAAAGGAUGCAGAGGGGCCUUUCCUGCUGCCCUGGCACAAGAGCACCGUGCACCUGGAGCGGGGCGUGGGGAAAGCCAGGAGAGUGGUCGCUGCUCCCCACCCGCGGCUCAGCCUGGGACGUGACGCUCAGGAGCGGCUGCAGAUCCAUGUGGCAAAGAAAUGUGUGGAGACCCGGCUGGGGGCCGUCCCCGCUGCAGUGAGACGCUCUUGGCAAAGGCUGCAUCUCGUGUCCCGGCUGCCCCUCCCCAAGCUGAUCCCUGCUGGGGACAGGGCCCCCAAAGCCAGGAGCCCCCUGCUGCCCUUCGUGCACCCGGAGGACGUCUGCCACCUCGAGCUGAAUGUGCAGCACAAACAUCUCACGGCCCUGUGGGGCCUGGGCACUCUCUACACCCAGUCCCUCAGCAGGAUGGUCCCCAGGGCACCCCCUGGGCCGGUUCCACCCCGUGAGGCGGAAGUCGAGUUCUGGGCACGGGAGGCUCUGUUCCUGGGCCCGGAGGCCAGAGAGGCCCUGGAGCUGCAUGUCAGGAAGAAGAGGCUGCAGCACGAGUGGGGCUUCCCUGCACUCAUCAAACGGUCACUCAGAGCCUUUGUGCCAGAGCCCCCGCUGCCGGGGCCGACCGCAGCCCGCCAAUGCACCGAGCUGCACGUCCUCGUCCUGGGGCAGGAGCCUUCGCUCAUGGACGGGGACACGAGAGGCCGCCUGGAGCAUCACCUCCGGAAGAUGACGCUGCAGCGGAGGUGGGGCCUUCCCCAGAGAAUCCAGGAGUCCUUGCGGCUGUUUGCUGCUAUUGCCCCGCCGGCUGGCCCGCAGCUUCCUGGGGCCGGUGGAGAAAGGUGCGUUGGGCAAAGCCGGCUGAGGCCCAGCCAGCCAGACGUCCCCGCAGGGAGCCGCUUGGCAGGAGACAGCAGAACCCAUGGCCUUGCUGCUGAGCGGAGGGAUGAGCUCCAGCGGCACCUCGCGAGGAAGUGCCUAGAGAUCAGGCUGGGGGUGAGGCCGGCCGUGGUGAAGAGAUCCCAGAGAGUGGCCAGGGAGGGGGAGAGGAUCCGCCUCCCCAGGCUGAUCUGCGCAGGCCAGAAGCCCCCCAAGCCCAGGGCCGGCUCCCUCCUCUGCCUGCCGCCCACGGCUGUGAAUACCCUGGACAUGAACGUGAGACACAAGCAGAUGGUGCAUUUCUGGGGGCUCCCCACGCUGCAGGCGGCGUCCCUGCGGAGGAUGAUGCCGAAGGCUCCGGCUGUGCGGCUGGGGAGUGCAGCAGGGAGGGCCCAGACGCAGAUGGGUCUGGCUGGACGCAUGGGGGCUGAGGAGCCGGAGAGGAACGGCUACAAGGAGCCGCCUCUGGUCACGGGGCCGCCUCUGGUCACAGCCGAGGCCAGGGACCAUCUGGAGAGCCACAUCCUGAGAAAGAAGCUCCAGCAUGAGUGGGGCUUACCGCGGGUGGUGCUGAGAUCCCUGGGCGCGUUCACACCCCCACCACCUGGGAAGGGCCCCCCGAGGUGGGCCCAGGCCCCAGCCAGCGAGAGCUUCGCCACGGGCAGCCUGCUCUUCCUGCACACGGAAACCAGGGAGCACCUGGAGUCACACGUGAGGAAACUGGCCCUGGAGCGGAGAUGGGGUCUGCCCAAGAGGAUCCUGGAGUCCUUAAGGAUGUUCCUGCCGCCUGCCCCACCAGGAGCAGAGCCCAGAGGCCAAACCCAGCCCCUGCUGCAUGUCUCCCCUACACUCCCCCAAGGUCCUACAGCCCUCUCCAUGGGGCAAUUGGAAGAGCUCCAGCCAGGCCCCGGGGAGUCCCUCACCCACCGGUCCCAGCACUGGCUUGAAAUGGGGGUAAAGGAGAGCAAAGCCAGCUGCCCUGAGGCAGUGUCCCAACACACCCUGGGGAGCAGCAGCAGGAGAAGCCAGGAGACCUCCCAGACGAGCAAUGGGGAAGGGCCCCCCAGCUCCCCACGCCACUUCCUGGAGGACAAGGCAGAGCUGAAAUCCACCCUGGACUUUCCCAGGAAGAAGGUGCUGGGAAUUUCCCACAGGGCCCAGGAGUCCCAGAGACGGGCCUUGUGCCCGGUGGCCCAUGAGCCCCACCCACAGCAGAGAGAGCAGAGCUCUGAGGAAAGUCCUGGGCAGUGGAGGACCCACGAUGGCGAAGGAGCUCCACGGAUGGCGAAGACCGGCAGGCGCUCCCGGAGCUCGUCUGUGGAGACAGCCAUUUGGAAUGAGAAGAGGAUCUUGCGGGAGCUGGAAUCCAGCUUCAGGAGAAUAGCCCGGAGCCGUAGCCGCCAUGGCCCAGGUGGGAAGCAGCCUCUGUCUCUGGAAAUCGUGGGCCACCUGGAAAUGGGCCAUUGCACAUGCUUGGACUGCCCAUGCUGCAAGCUAGAGGGGUGGGACGGCGCCCGCUCUCCAGGGGCCAGCUCUCCUGGGUGGCAGAUGCAGCGUAUCCAUGCAAAGGGGUCAGCAACUCUCCUAGGAGACGCGGCAGCUCCGAGCCCUCUGCAUGCUGAGCCCGUAUGGCAGGGGCAGGGCACUCCCAGUGUGGCAAAAGAUGAACCGCCUGCCUCCUCUCCGUCAUCUCCGGAAGGCAGCGAGUCCAGGGCCUCUGACUGGUCUGAGGGAGAAAGCUCUCGCACAGCCUCUCGCCCAGCGCCCGAGGGGCCCACGCUGGCACGGGUGCAUCUUGCUUCUCCGCGGGCCGCAGCACACCAGCUGGACAUCCACCUGGCGCAGAAGGCCCUGGGCUCCUUCGUCCUGCCGCCCUGCGUCAUACGCUCCCAGGCCAUCUAUGCCGACAUGGCAGCUGAGCGGCUGAGAGCCGCUGCCCAGGAACACAGGCGGGAAAUGAACAUCCGGCUGCAGCGCAGGAGGGGCCGGAAAAGCCAGCUGGGAGGGCCCCGUCAGGAAGCCCUGGGAGAAAGAGCCCGCCCCGCGGGCACAGGAGAGCCGGGAUUCCCGAGAGCUGGCUCCUUGGGCCAGAGACUGAUCAGAGAGUCCCAGAGCCAGGCAAACCAGUACCUGUGUGAGACGUGCCAUGGCCUCUUCACCGCCGGUGAGGAGGGACUCAGCCCCCAGCCCUGUCCUGCCAAGGGGGCUGGGAAGUCAGACGUGGCGAGGACUCAUCUAGAGACUCAUGUGCCCCCGAGGGGCAGGAAGACGUCAGGUGAUGCCUGCAGAGGGGAGCAAGGUGCAUCCUACCAGCGGUCUCGGGAUCUGAGCCGUGCAGCUGGCGCCCCCCCGUACAAAGGUCCAGCUGGCGCUGAGGAGAUGGUCGGGGACUGGGACAGCGAGGCCGUGUCAGCCUGGGAUGCGGAAGGAGAAGGCAGCCUGGGGUGGAAGGUGAGGAGGGACACCGAGGGGCGACGUGGCAUGAGAGAGAUGCCGGCGGUGGGGACAGGCCCCAGGGCUGGAAGCAACAUGAGGCAGACAGAGGCCCUGGUGCUGACUGAGGCACCGCCCGGGGCUGAACAGCCUCCCCGUGCACCUCCAGGGAGAGGGGCUGAGUCACCGUCCAUCCCCGGCAAGGGGAAGGGCUCCACCUUCAGGAGAAUCAUGCUGGGCUUCCUCAAACGCGUCACCUCCAGGGCAUCGGUGGAGAAGAUAGGGCAGGUUGACAGGUCAAUGGCUGCACCACGAGGAGCCCCGCCACCCCCUCAGAAACUCGCCCCAUCCCCCAAGAGCGUGACCUUCAACGCCAACGUCCACAUGCGGGCAGAGGUCAGGAGAUGCCAGCUGUGUUCCAGCGCAGAGGAGAGGGACGGUGCUGGGAGAAAGGAGCCAGCCGCAGCCGCUCGGACCAGGGGGCUGCCAGGGAAUGGGGCUCCCCAGGGAUCUGGGACAGCCUCCCCCAAUGCCAGGCGAGGGGACAGCGUGACCAAGGGAGAAGAACCUUCUCCAGAGGAAACAGGGCCCUCAGCAGAGUAUGGUGGAUACCAAGAGCGGGUGACCCUGAGAGUGAGUGAAUGCAGGGAGGGGAAGGUGCAUGAACCCAGUGGGACGCCUGCUGCGUCAGCGGGACCUUCUGCCCCAUGGCCACCACCCCCAGCCUGCCCCGCUGCCAGGGACGCCAGAACAACCGGCAGUCACAAGGGAGAAGGAGGCAAAGGAGUCUCACAGUCUGGCUCAGCAGCCCUGGGCUCCAAUCAGCCGUCUCCCAUGGAGUCCUCCAGAACAAAGCUCAGAGAGCAGAGGGGUCGGGGACUCAGCCCUUCUCGCCCACUGGGUCUCUCCAGGAGCCGGGUGGAAGGCCCGCGGUGCAGCGGCAGGGCCAGAGGACCGGACAGCGAGGGGAUCCUGGCCCGCAGCAGAGAGUGGAGAUCCGGCAGCAGAGGGAGGCCCACCGGUAGAAGAACAAGGUCCAGAAGCAGAGAAGGGGAAUCCCUGGUGCGAGAGGAAGUCCAGGAUCGGCAGGGCACACGCAGGAGGCCAGGCAAGGCCAGGUCACACAGGGUGGCCACACCAGCCAAUGGCGUGGGAGGAAAUGCCACCGAGGACCCAUCCGGGACAGUCGGAGCGUCUAACCUGGAGCGCCGUGGGCACCAGGCCAGGCUGGAAACUGAGCUUCUGCAGCCAGGGUCAUGUCCUGGCAAGAGCGUAGGCCAGGUGUGCUGGUUCCACCAGCAUCAUGCUCAUGCCCACCUUCGCCACGUACACGACAGAACGCCAGAGCUGCGCGGAGAGAACCUGUGUGCCCUGCGGGAGAGGAUGCAGGCCCGGCGGAGGAAGCUGUCCCCGUCACUCAACAGCGCCGCCUCCGAAGAGGAGAGCUGCCUCCGGGCCUUGGACAAGAGUUAG